CUUGAUGUGUCUGGCAUGGCUGACAUAAAUGGUUCUACAUCCAACACAGUAGGAACCAGCUUGCAUCACUGCCAUCUGUCAGCUCUGGUCUCACCACCCACAUAGUCCCACUGCAUCUCCAGUCCCAUCACAAUCCCCAGCCAUUACUCUGGUAGAAGUACACACAUCCUCAGGAAGUUUUCACUGAACAUUUUGCAGUUGCAGUCUUCUGCUCUGGCUCCCAAUGAAGACUGACUUUGGGGUGAUCUCAGGUCAAAGGGAAGAGGCCAGCAAGGACAAGGUGAUGCGCAGCAUACAAUCCUUGAACAGGCAAGGCAGCCUUGACUCCAACAAGGAGGAUGGUGGAGCCACUCUCAUCCUGACCCUCACCCUCUGCAAUGUGAGGAAGACUGAGUUCUCCAGGGCAGCCAAAGUCUUUGAGAUGUUUGAAACUCAGAUCCAUCACUUCGAAACCAGGCAAGCCAAAAAGCCCAAGAACUCUGCUGAUGAUCUUGACAUUUUUGUUGAAUGUGAAGUUCAUAGUGCUGAUGCUAAUAUCAUUAUCACAUCCUUAAAGAGAGCAGCAGAGGAUGUGAAAACUGGCAGAGAAGACAAAGUGCCCUGGUUUCCCAGAAAAAUCCAAGAUCUGGACAAGUGUCACCAUCUGAUCACCACAUACGAUCCUAGUUUGGAGCAUUGUCACCCUGGAUACACUGACCUGGAGUACAGGAAACGGAGGGCAUUCUUUGCUGACCUUGCCUAUAAUUACAGAGCAGGGGACCCGUUGCCUCGCAUUGAGUACACAGCACAGGAGACUGCAACUUGGAGAGAAGUCUACAGGAAGCUGAGCAGCCUCUACCCUACUCAUGCUUGCACACAAUACCUAGAUGCUUUCCAGCAGCUGGAGAAAUACUGUGGCUACCAAGAGGACAACAUACCUCAACUUCAGGAUGUCUCCAGAUUUUUAAAAGACAGAACAGGUUUCCAGCUGAGACCAGCAGCAGGGCUGCUGUCUGCUCGUGACUUCCUGGCCAGCCUGGCAUUCCGUGUCUUCCAGUGCACACAGUAUAUAAGACAUUUCUCUUCUCCUAUGCAUUCCCCAGAACCAGACUGCUGCCAUGAGUUGCUGGGUCAUGUUCCCAUGCUAGCCAAUAAGGAGUUUGCCCAGUUCUCACAGGAUAUUGGACUGGCUUCUCUUGGAUCAUCUGAAACAGAGAUUGAGAAACUAGCCACACUUUAUUGGUUUACUGUGGAGUUUGGUCUCUGCAAGCAAAAUGGAUCCAUCAGAGCUUAUGGGGCAGGACUGCUUUCAUCUUAUGGGGAGCUUAUGUACGCUUUAUCAAACAAGCCAGAGUACAAGCCUUUUGAUCCAGAAGUGACUGCAGUUCACCCAUAUCAGGAUCAAGCCUUCCAGCCUGUCUAUUUCAUAGCAGAAAAUUUUGAAGACGCCAAGGCCAAGCUCCAAAACUACUCAAUGAAGAUCAAGAAGCCCUUUUCUUUGCACUACGAUCCAUUCACCAGCAGCGUAGAGGUUCUGAACACACCACAGAAAGUCAAGAGGGUACUCAGUCAAAUGAAAGAGGACCUGAAAAAUCUCUGCCUGGCCCUUGAAAAUCUCUCUUAAAACUGCAGCAGUACAUCUCACCUGGAACUGAUAUAUAUGUAGACAGUUGCAGCACUUGAAGAUUUAGUGAUGAAGUUGUAGAUGCAUGCAAACAUGCAGCUGCAUGCAUCUUUAACCCACAAACAGCUCUGUCAAGCUAAUCUUUUCACUCUAAUUUAGGCUGCUGACUUAGCCACAUUAAUGCAUUCCUACUGAGUAUAUUUCAAUGACAAAAAAUCUCAAAUUACUCCAAUUUUUGGUAGGUGAUAUAAGCUGCAGCUGUUUGGUGUGUACUUAUCUGUUAUUAUUGGACCUUUACAGUUUUUUUGUUUACCUGCUGCCUUUUGAAGUUAUUGGUCACAAAAUACCACAGUAACUCUUCUGUCACAAAGUUUUUUACUUCUUGCUUAAAUGACAAGAUCACAAUCUUUAAGGCUGGCCAGCUGCCUACAGUCCUUGCAGCUAGCUCAUUUCUGCUAGCAAUUACUAUCAGCUAUUGUGUUCACAAACUAUGAAUGAUUCCUUUACAAUGUACAAAUGCAAGAGUUUGUAAGAGGGACCUUUUACUUCGGCUUGCUAUUCAUUUUUUAGACAGUCUUCUUUUUCAGUAGCCUUCAAAUGUGGCAAAAUAUUUUCCUGUCAUAUUUGAGAACACAGAAUAUGUAUUCUUGGAUUAAAAAAAAAAGGCAAAAAGGGCAGAAAAUCUGAUGUCUGUGAUGCUGUGGCUCUGUGGCAUACCUGCUUGAUUUGAAAAAAGAAUUUUGGAUUCUGGAGAGAGAAAAGGUGAAUGUAUUGAAAUAUUUUCAAAGAAGCCUAUAAGAAAUAGAGUCCCAUUGAUAUAGAUGUAGAUGUAGAUCAUGUGAUGUAGAUAGUCCUAAACACAUUUAAAGAUUUUUGUUUUUCAUUGGCAUUAUGAUGACUUUUAGUAAUAACCAAAAAUCCAAGUAUAUUUAAUAUUGAUGGAGCAAAUCCUAAAAUCAAACACAAGUACCCAUAUAGCCUUGCUAUGGAUACAAUACCAGUCACGUAAUCCAACUCAUCUUGCUUCCUGCUCUAGUCCCUUUCUCAGAUAUGCCUGAAAUUUAUCUCCACACUGUAGGUAAUGUUUUACAGAAACAAUCCUUUAAUUGCCUUUUCCAGACUUUCACGCUCAUUUAGAAUCCUUCCUUCCUCCACUAUCUACAAAUAGAAACUAGUCUGGGAAAAGAAAAGGAGGCUCAUGCCUGGAAGGAUUCCCUCUCUGCUUAGCAGCAGCACAAACAGACAACAUUGAAGCAAGCUGUGGGUAUGACAUAAGCAGGGGCAAUGUGGAUCUCAUGGCUGAAGUUGGGUGACAGUAAUCCACAGAUGUCAGUGUAGAUUUAUCCUGUGCAGCUAAGAAACCCUACUCAUAUUUUCAAAAGUGUAUUUAAGAUAAGGCAGAGAGCAAGCUUGCAGCUUGUCCACUGCUAUCCACUAACUGCCAGCAUACGUGGCCUGAACUCUGAUGUAAAUGUGAGGUGGUUUGGCUCUUGAUGGAAAAGGAGUCAUCAACUCUGCCUUAACUGGUCACUGUGGGAUAAGAGCUUGUACACAGAAAGUCACAACAGAGCAAUUUGCAUGCUGUUAUUUCAUACAGAGCUUAUCUCACUGUAAUUUGUACAUGUGCCAGGCUCUAAAGAAACUGUCUUAUUGGAAGUUAAUGGGAUUUUGUUUCUUAAAUCUUCAUGUCCAUAAGCA